AUGGUCCUAGGUGUAAGAGUAAGACAAGAAUGUGGGUUAUUACACUCUCUCUCUCUCUCUCUCUCUCUCUCUCUCUCUCUCUCUCUCUAUUUUGUAGUUCCUUUUGAAGAAGAUGAUAAGGAUCCAAGCAUGUGGUUUCUUGACCACAAUUACCAUGAGUCAAUGUUCUCCAUGUUCAAGAGAAUAAAUGCCAAGGAGCAUGUUGUGGGUUGGUACAGUACGGGACCAAAGCUGCGGGAGAAUGACCUAGAUAUUCAUGGUUUAUUUAAUGAUUAUGUUCCAAAUCCUGUCUUGGUCAUAAUAGAUGUCCAACCUAAGGAGCUUGGAAUACCCACUAAGGCUUACUAUGCUGUUGAAGAGGUUAAAGAGAAUGCUACUCUGAAGAGCCAGAAAGUGUUUGCUCAUGUACCCUCAGAAAUUGCUGCUCAUGAAGUUGAGGAAAUUGGAGUGGAACACCUGCUAUGGGAUGUGAAGGAUACAACCAUUAGCACACUUGCAACUGAGGUUACAGGAAAAUUUGCAGCCUUAAAGGGUUUGGAUGCACGACUACGAGAAUUAUGUGGUUAUCUUGAUCUUGUUAUUGAUGGCAAGCUUCCUUUAAAUCAUGAAAUCCUUUAUCAUUUACAAGAUGUAUUCAACCUUCUUCCAAAUCUGAAUGUGGCUGAGCUAAUCGAGGCAUUUGCUGUGAAAACAAAUGAUAUGAUGUUGGUCAUAUAUCUUUCCUCUUUGAUCAGAAGUGUGGUAGCACUCCACGACCUGAUCAAUAGCAAGAUGCUUAACAAAGAACAUGAAAAAGCUGAGGAUUUGAAGCCUGCUCCCGUCCCAGCCAGCACUUGAAGUUGAUUGGAUUUUACUGGAUUUCACACAUGAUAGAGCUCAAGGUGAAGCUUCCGGGGAGGAGGGGAAUCUGUCCUACUCUGAUGCUUCUCAUUGAUGAGAAUUUUUGAAUUUUUCAUGUUGCAGCCAGAGACCAUAGGUCUCCACAGGUCUCCAUUCUUGAUUCAUCGCUGCUGUUGAUUCAUUAUCAGUUGGUGAAUUUUAAUUUGCUUACCGGUCAAUGUACCAUGUUUAAUGGCUGCAAAAAUAAUAUCUUCUAAUGAUUGUUUUGUUCAGCAUCUUGUCUCCUCUCCAUCAUCUUUAUUGACCACAGCAUUUUAUUUUGUGCUUCAUUCUGAGGAUAUGUUCUUUCAGUUAUCAGUUGAACUAUAAAGAUCUAUGUCAAUUUGGAGCAAUGAGAUCUGUGAGGAAGAAUAAUCAGUCCUCAGAUGGAUUAUUUGUCAUCAAGGUGUCCUAGUCGACUGUCCAUUUGCCUGCAGGCUUAUCCUUUAAUGAAAAACCUGUUUCUCGACAGAUUGCAGUAAUGGGUGGCUGAAAGGGCUCACCAAGGUGUAUAUCCCUUUUCUGGCUAGCGGUGAUGUCAGUGGAUAUGACUUGGAUCGUUCAUAUCCACUCCCUAGACUCGCAGAAGAAACAUACCAAAGUUUGGAUCCAAUACAGCCACCAAUUGGUCCCCCUUACACGAGCUCUUGAAAUGAAGAAAGCUUCCAGUCAUGGGAUCCGAGAUUUUGAGAAGCUCCCUUGAUUUGUGGUAACUAUGCAGCACCAAUACUGCCUUAGAAAUGAUUUGGAUUAGUUAGAAUUGAUAUAAUUGAUUGUACUAUUUAUUAGUGUGAGCCAGUCUUAUAUAUAAUUGUCAAAUUGGGAUUCGAAUCGUAAAUUGAAAUGAU